AUGGCCGUAGGAAAGAACAAACGUUUGUCAAAGGGAAAGAAGGGUAUCAAGAAGAAAGUUGUGGACCCCUUCACGCGCAAAGAUUGGUAUGAUAUCAAAGCGCCAUCGAUCUUUGAGAAGAGGAAUGUCGGCAAGACCUUGGUGAACAGGUCGCAGGGUCUCAAAAACGCGAAUGACUCAUUGAAGGGUCGCAUCAUCGAGGUGUCCCUCGCUGACCUUAACAACGACGAGGAGCAAGCAUUCAGGAAGAUGAAGCUCCGGAUUGACGAGGUGCAGGGGAAGAACUGUCUUACGAACUUUCACGGCAUGUCGUUCUCUAGUGACAAGCUCCGGUCACUAGUUAGGAAGUGGCAAACUCUCAUCGAAGCGCACGUCGACGUGAAGACUACCGACGGUUACCUCAUCCGGCUGUUCGCCAUCGGCUUCACCAAGCGCAGACCUACACAAGUGCGCAAAACAACGUACGCGCAGACCUCUCAAAUUCGGGAGAUCCGCCGGAAAAUGUUCGAGAUCAUGACGCGUGAAGCGAGUUCAUGCGAUCUGAAGGAGUUGGUCCAAAAGUUCAUUCCGGAGGCAAUUGGUCGCGAGAUUGAGAAGGCAGCUCGCGGUAUCUACCCCCUUCAAAACGUUUUCGUCCACAAGGCGAAGAUUUUGAAGGCACCCAAAUUCGAUAUGUCGAAGCUUCUUGAGCUUCAUGGCGAAUCGACAGAUGAGACCGGCACUCGUGUUGUCAAGGACUUCAAGGAGCCGGAGAUCCUUGAGUCUGUAUAA